AUGUGCGGGUUUCGGAUUGAGAGGGGCCAGGCCACCCCACGUAUCCGAUUGCAUGAAAUCGACGGAGCAGUCGAUUCCAGUGGAAACAGUCGAAUUCGCUUGGAGGAUGCGAGAUAUCCGAGAAUAAGAAUCAAGCCUGGGCAAAUCGCAAAUCAAAGUGUCGCUGUGUUGGUGACGAUAUAA